UAAAAAAAAAUUAAUUAAUUAAUUAAAUAGUGCUUGGAUUGUGUGUAACAGCAAAAUAAGUUUACGUAAAAUUUUUGAAAUUCAUAUUUAAUCAAAAUAUUGAUAAUCACAAAGAUUAAUGCCCUCCAAAUAUUACACAAUAAAUUAAAUAAUUUAGUGGGAAGUCAAACAAUUUAUUGCUGUAUAAAAUACAAGUAUAUGCUUUUUUUUUGUAAAUUGAACACAACUGAACCUAAAAACUGUCGGAUCUUCCUCAAAUACUGCUUAGAUACUAUCUACAGCACAUUCGCUCUCCCCCUUUUCCGCAAAAUAUUCACCAAAAAACCUUACUCAGCACAAAAUGUCUACGGUGCAUGACAAAUUUUUAAAACAACAAACACAAUAACUUUCAGCAUCAAAUCAUGAAUCAGUCGCCUUGACGCCGAGCAGCUGCAGCCGAGCAUAUUAUGGCCACAAGCGACAAGGAUCGCCUUCGACCAGAAUGCCAACAAGGGGUUACACUACGACAGGGUUAUGCGCCUGGCACCAAGUACACUGACAAUGUCUGCAGCGGCUCAAGGGCUGGAGGGCUAGAGGCGAGUGCGCGUGUGACGCGUCGCGAUGUCGUCGCCGCUGACCGCCAAAUGCGCAUUUCACAUUGAGGCAUACAAUGUCGAUGAUAUUUCGCAAAUAACUUAAUGCCAAAGACAUCUAUGAAAUAUGAAGAUAUGUGUGUGAAAUAUUAUGCGCAAGAAAAAAUUCGUGAAAUUCAAAUGAAAAGUACAUAGAAAGCAGACAAAAGGCGAGCAAAAGAUUUAACAAAUUCUCGCAAAAACGAAACAAAAAUAAAUCACACAAAUGCCCGUGAAAAUUCUUAAAAACAAAAAACAAAUAAAAUAAACUAAAACAUAACAAAAUAAUACUUGUGUACUCAUAAGCGAGACACAUUUGAAACAUUUGCUUGAGCCGUGUCUACCUCGUUUGCAAUAAAACGUCGCGCGUUGCUGUCGUCACGUCGUCGUGUCACAUCAUUAUUUUUGGCCUGCGCGCCGGUUACCAGCGCCAGCAGCAAGCAACACUUCUUUGCCUUGUGCCAACAACACACAUUCACCUUUCACCAUAGGUGUUUUCUCUAUUUAUUUAUUGUUCGUAUUCAGCAUUUAGUUUCGCAGCUCUUCAUUUUUGUUGUUAUUAGCAAUUUCGUUAGUGUUGUUCGUGCAGCGCAUGCGCUGCGGCGCAUCAAUCGCCCCGCCACAUGUUCGACUCGGAUGCCGACGAUGAAUAUAUCCGCGAGUAUGCCUUUGAGCCGGAAUUGCUGAUCAAUCGCGAUGAUUAUCUUAAGCGCGAGGAACAAAAGGAGAAGGAGCAACGGGAGGCGAUUAAGCGACGCUCCUCGUUGCGGCGCAAAUCACAGCGCAAAGCUAGCGUGGAUAGUUAUGAUAGUGGUGGACAGCAGAAGAAUCAAAUUGAUGUCGAAAUCGAAGCAUUCUAUUAUAUGUAUGGCCGCUAUACCAAAGAUUUAGGAGAAUUUGCCAAAGAUGAAGCCAGAAAACUCAAAUUACUCGAGAAACGCCGCAAGCAAGAAGACAAACAAAGGAACAAGGAAUUGCUGGGCAAACGUUCGUCGCGCAUGCUAAAAGUCUCAUCAUGGAUAUGGAAACGUACAUUUGCGCGCCUUGGCGAAGAUUGGGUGUUCUUGGCGCUGCUGGGCGUCAUAAUGGCCUUCGUAUCGUAUGUGGUGGACAAAGGCAUCAAUGUUUGUACAAAUGCGCGCGUGUGGCUCUAUCGCGAUCUCACCUCGCAGCCGAUCACACAGUAUUUCGCAUGGGUCUCACUGCCGGUCUGUUUGAUACUCUUCUCAGCCGGCUUUGUGCAUCUCGUUGCGCCGCAAAGUAUAGGUUCAGGUAUACCUGAAAUGAAAACGAUUCUUCGUGGCGUUGCGCUGAAAGAGUAUCUCACAUUUAAGACAUUGGUGGCCAAGGUUGUUGGUUUAACGGCAACUUUGGGCAGUGGUAUGCCAUUAGGAAAGGAAGGUCCUUUCUGUCACAUAGCAAGUAUUGUAGCACAAUUAUUAAGUAAGCUCGUCACAUCAUUCCAAGGCAUCUAUGAGAAUGAGUCUCGCAAUUCGGAGAUGUUGGCCGCUGCGUGUGCGGUCGGUGUGGGUUCGUGUUUUGCCGCGCCCGUCGGUGGUGUACUGUUUAGUAUCGAGGUAACGACCACUUAUUUUGCGGUGCGCAAUUAUUGGCGUGGCUUCUUUGCGGCUGUUUGCGGUGCAACGGUGUUUCGUCUUUUGGCUGUUUGGUUUCACAAUGCAGACACAGUACGUGCGAUAUUUCUCACAAAUUUCACCACCGAAUUCCCCUUCGAUCCGCAGGAGUUGUUCGUAUUUGCCCUAAUGGGCGUUGUCUCCGGUGUUGGUGGCGCUGCCUAUGUUUGGGUACAUCGCCGCUAUGUGCUCUUCAUGCGUUCGAAUAAGAAGAUGAAUAAAUUUCUGCAAAAGAAUCGCUUCCUAUAUCCGGGCUUUCUGGCGCUGCUUGUCUCUACACUCUCAUUUCCAUUAGGACCCGGUCAAUUUAUCGCUGGCGAAUUAAGCACACAUGAACAAGUCACACAGUUAUUCAGCAAUUUCACGUGGUCACGUGACGAUCUCACCGUGGAACAGGCGGCUAUAGUUACGCAUUGGGUCACCAGUUACACCAACAUAUUCAUCAAUCUUUCCAUAUACAUUGUGUUCACUUUUUUCAUUUCAAUUGUAGCCUCAACCAUACCAGUGCCUUCCGGUAUUUUCAUACCCGUAUUUAAAAUCGGCGCCAGUUUGGGUCGUCUCAUUGGUGAGAGCAUGCAUUUGUGGUUCCCGAACGGCGUGCGCUACGGCGGUCGCCUAUCGCCCAUCAUACCCGGCGGUUACGCAGUUGUUGGUGCGGCGGCAUUUUCCGGCGCCGUGACGCAUACCGUUUCGGUAGCGGUAAUCAUCUUCGAGAUGACCGGCCAGAUAACGCACGUUGUACCGGUGAUGAUCGCAGUGUUAAUAGCGAACGCCAUUGCAGCCCUUCUACAACCGUCCAUGUACGACAGUAUUAUAUUGAUUAAGAAGCUGCCGUAUCUGCCCGAUUUGCUGCCGUCCAGUUCGGCGAUGUACAGCAUUUAUGUGGAGGAUUUUAUGGUACGAGAUGUGAAAUACAUCUGGCAUGGCAUUUCGUAUCAAAAACUCAAGGAGGUGCUGAAGGCGAACAAAACGCUACGAUCUCUACCGCUGGUCGAUAGUCACGAGAAUAUGAUACUGCUUGGCUCUGUGCAACGUUAUGAAUUGAUCAAAAUGAUCGAGAAGCAUAUCGGACGCGAGAAACGCAUGGAAGUGGCACAAAAGUGGCAAAAGGAGGCAGAAGAGCGCGCGCGCGAAGAAGAGAAGAAAAAGCAGGAGGCUGAAUUGAGAGUUCGUCGUCCAUCACGUUUCGAAGUCCUGCCGGCACCGGAUAUACUCAGUUUACGUCAAAUCGCCAACGAUGAAAUGCUGCCGCCCAAACAGCGUCAAGAGUCGUUCACUAACAAUGUGGGACCACGCAAAUCCAUUUUGAAAAAGACAAACUCAUUUAAUCUAAAAACCUAUGCACCUACCUCACCGCACAGCCCGAACAUUACGCCCUACACCACCAUCACUGGCACUGAGCAUCGCAUACGCUCCGCCUUUGAAGCAAUCUUUCGUAAAUCGAACACACUGCAGGAUGUCCAACCGGAUCCGGAUGCUGCCAGCAUAACGCCGGCGGUGAGCGCCAACGAAGUACCACUCGUACAGCGUGCCCCCAGCAUUUCGAAGAAGGUUCAAUUGCAAGCACAAAAUACUACGGAGUCUGCGGCUCUCGAGCAUAAGCCAACACCUCCGGACACACCGGAUAGCAUAAAAAGCAAUAGAUUUUCCCAACUAGCGCCCAAUUCUCCGGGUCCAUCAAAGAAGUUUAAGAAAAAUAACUGCAUUCGACCGCGAAGCUUAAGCUCAUCGCCAGUCCAUGCCAAAGUUAAAAUGAAGUUAGCGAAUACAAGAUGGGAACACACGAUGUUGCCACCACCGCCGAAAAAAGGCAUACUCCGAAAGUCACACUCAACGACAGAUUGUUCCAAUCACCGAACAAACGCAAUCAAAUGGAAUACACUCACGGAUAACACCUAUGCAGCGACGGAUAAGGAUGAGCCAAAAGCAAUGAGUAUGAAAAAGGCGAAAUCAGUGACCUUGCCACGUGAACGUGUGAUCGAUAUGUCGCCGGAAGAUCAGAAGAAAUGGGAAAUGGAAGAAAUGUCCAAGUCCAUCGAUUUGGAGAAGGCCAGUGUAAAUAUCGAUCCAUCGCCAUUUCAACUGGUCGAACGCACCUCAAUACUCAAAGUACAUUCGCUUUUCUCAAUGGUUGGCAUAAAUCAUGCCUAUGUGACGAAAAUCGGACGCCUAGUGGGUGUUGUGGGUCUGAAAGAGCUGCGCAAAGCUAUUGAGGAUAUCAAUAGCAAUAAUUUCGUAGUACAAAAUCAAAUAAAAGACGAUAUUGAAGCCGAUCAUGGCUCGGCUGUUGAGAAGCCAUUAUUGGCGCCACCAUUGCCGCUGUCACCGCAUGCCACCAGUGACAAGGAGGUUAACACCACGGUGACCUCCAUGGACUCAGCACUCUCACAUUCGGAUAAUUGCUCUGACAUUGAAAUGGAGCAUAUGAAGGGCGAGAGUAGCGGUGAAGAACAAUCACAACAGCAACAAGAUAACACAACACAAUACAAUCAACAAACAUACACACAUACAGCAACAGGCACACCAACAACAACUAAGUCGAGCAAUGAGCCAUAGCAGACAGGCAAAUAACAAAUACAUAAUGUAUAUACAAGUAUUAGGGUGUACAGUAUAACACAAGUUUAUUUUUUUUUUGGCAAACGCCGCCUGAAGUUUCAGUUUUUGCUCUAAAAAAGAUUAUGCGACAUAGACAAGCGCUUUAUUUUCAAUUAAAUCAUGCAUAAAUCAUGUUUCUUUUCUUUUGCAUAUAAAAGAUGGAAUUUUUUAAUAUUUUGCAUUAAACAAGCAGACGAGCAAUUUUUAUAAAAUGAUUUUCUGAUUCAAAAUUUAGCGUUUAACAAAAAAGCUUUUAAUAAUUUUUUCCAUAAAAAGACCUCUUUUAGAAGUUAUAUACAGUUAAAGUUACACAUUGAGUACACUGAGCUUCUCAUACAAGAGUGCUAAGCAAGCAUACACCAUGACGUAUGAGCAACACACAAUUUAUGAGACACUUGUACGAGUGAGAAUGCUCAGCACAUUAGUUGCCUAAUUUUAACUGCGUAUAACUUUUAAAGGAAUGCUUUUAUGGAAAAAAUUAAUAAAACCUUUCUAGUAGAGUGUCAUAUUUUUUAUUAGAAUAUGUACUUUCAAAAAUUGUAAGUUUGAUUAAUUCCGUGAUUAUAAAAUUAUUGCAAAAGAUCAUUUAAAAUAUGCGAAUAUGGGAAAUGUAAAACAAAAAAAUAAAAUAAUAAAAAUAAGGGACUUGAUUUCUUUGCAUAAUUUCAGCUAGAGCAAAAAUGGAAACUUCAGGGGGCGCUUGCAAAUAUAAAAUCAAUUUGGGAAAUAACGGACAUUCUAAUAUAAAUAUACAUAUGUACAUACAUAGGCAUACUAUAUGUAGGUAUUUAAGUGAAUUUGUAUUGGAAAAAAGGCAAACUAAACUAAAUUGUAUUAAAAUUUAGCAAAUAGUAUUUUUAAAUAAUUACAUGAUGUACAUACAUACAUAUAAAUACUAGUAAUUAUAUUCAAGUAAAAAGUAAAUAUGUAAUUGCAUAAUGUUGGAACUAAAAGUUUAGCAGUUCAUGUAAAUAUUAUAAGCCGAAACGUUAGUUAGCAUUGUGUUAUAUUUUUAAUAAGCUCCAAUUUCCAAACACAAAUACACACAUACUACAUAUACAUAGAUACUCGUAUGUAAAAUAAGAAAUGCGGAAUGUACACAAAGAUCAUCGAUAUUAAAGCUAUAAGCUAAAUUUAAACACAUUUCCCCUACGAAUUUGUUAUAAAAUUUUCAAAAACAUUGCUUUGAGCGCAAAUUGAAGCUGAAAAAAUCUACAUACUUAUUUUUUAAGUAAAAUAUUUUUAAUUAAAUUUCAUAUCAAUGCGUACCCAAUGACUAAAAAUUCUAUUAUCAUACUUUAGCAAUUUAUGUUUUUUAUAAUUUAUCAUAUAAUUAAUGCUGGCAGGUUUCGCUCACAGAUGAAACGUGCCAUUUGGUAUUCAGUUAGUAGCCAUUCGGGCGUAACGCUUUAAUGAAACCGAAAAUCCCAAUUUAAGGCAAAAUCAAAGUAAAAACGUGCAGUCAGUAGUAUAUACUAUUUAAAUAUACUUACAUACAUACAUGCUUAUAUAUAAGUAAUACAUAAUUGCAAUAAAUACAUACAUAUACACAUAUACAUGCAGUUGUUAUGUAUGUGUGGUCAAAUAACGUAGCGUAUAGUGAUAUUACAAACCAUUGUUUGUACUCGUAUACAUAUGUACAUGCAUACAAACAAACUAUGUGACUGGCAACUGUAAACCAAAUAUAAGUAUUUUCUAAGAAAAAAUUUAACAUAAAAACACGCAAAUUGUUUAUUAAAGUAUUUAAUUUAAACUUGUAUAUUAGAUAAGUAACUAAACGAACAUUUAUGUACAUAAAAUUUAACGAGAAUUAAAGCAAAAAACGGAUUGUCGAACGAAAUGCUUUCUUAUUAUUUAUACAAAGCAAAAGUGAAGAUGAAUUUGGGUGAUGUACAUACAUACAUACAUAUCAUGCCUACAAACUAAUUGCGGUCAUUUAAUCAUCGGAACAUGAGUGCUGACGAGAAACCAAAACAGUGUUACUCUAACAGGAAAUUUCCGCGAAGUUGACUAGUUUUGGUCAUUUAUGUACGAAAAUCCUUAAAGUAUAGAGUACCAGAGCGAAACACACUUUAUGUGAUUUAAGGGAUUACAUGGGUUUACGGGUCUCAAAAAAACGAAUUUUUUUAUUGCCUUACUAAAUUCUAUAACACCUCUAGAAAAUUUUCCUGAAUUUUCAAGUUGAUCCGAGUAAUAGUUUUGGAGAUACAGCCUUGAAAAAGUGUGCGCUUGAGGCUAGCUAGGCUAAGUGCGCCGUCUUUAAACGCGUUUUUCUCGAAACUGUAUUUUUGAAGUCGGCUGGCAAGAUUUCUCGAGAAUUUCUUAACCGUUCUUCAUGAAAUUUUACACAGGUCUUUGAAAUACACUUCUUAAAGACUUGGAGGAAGUUUUUUUUCGAUUACAAUUAUAAAAAAAAAAUGUCGCAAAAUUUUCACUGAAAUUUUAAUUUUUUUUUUUAUAAAAAUGUUUGCCGAAAAUCCAAUUUUCAAUUGUACUAAGUUCAGGUUUUAACUAAAACACGUAUUUUUUCAUUUUAGUUGAUUCUGUAAGGAGUUAUCCUGAAACGCGUGCGCUUCUUUUUUCCGAGAAGUCACCGAAAAUGGCACCGCAAUGACCGAGUUUAAAAUAUUUUUCAUCAAAAAUUUCAGCAUUUCUUUGAUAAUAGUGUACGUUUGUAACAACAAAAAAUUCUAAUAAAAUAUUUUAUUUUUGAUAUGAGAAAAAAAUUGUUGAAAAAGGCUUUUUUACCCGAGAAAACCCAUGUAUACCCUUAAAUAAAGGAAAUUUGUUAUGCAAAUUUUUGAAUAAGUACAUAAAAGAGGCACACUUGGUGUGAAAUUUUUAAAAACCUAUUUUUUCAUAUUUCUAGAAGUUAUACAUUUGAAAAAAAAACAUAUUAAAAUUUGAAAUCGAUAUUACAAAUAGUUUUUGAGUUGGACCCUUCUAAAGGGGUUAUAUACAGUCAGGAGGCCAAAAAAAGCGAAUUUUUUAGAACUUUUUUUGAGAAAACUUUUAAAUUUUGGUAUCUUUUAAGACUUAGUAUUAAUACAAAUAUUUAUUUGGAAAGGAACUACAGCUGAUCACCGGGAGCUCCUCUCAAAAAGACGUUUUGCGGUGACCACUACAUACAUACCUACAUCUCUGAACGGAAUCCUCUGAAAUUAAAAAACCAAACAGAUUAAUCAUUAUCAAGUUGUUUGUUGAGCUGUUAGUAGAUAUGAAUUUGUAUUCUCCUUUUUCACUAUUUAAAUGAUAUCUCUGAUAAUGAAUAUGAUAAAAAAAGAGAAAAAAUUUAAAAACAAUGGAUUUUAGGUUAAAAAGUGAGGCUGAUACACGAGUCGAAGAUCACAUACAAUAUAUAGCAUUCGAAGAACUUAUCAAUACAUAGACACAGAAAAAAAACAAAAAAUCCCAUAAAAAUUAACCAAAAUCAACAGCAGACUGAAAGGCUAUCAAAAACUGGACAGUCCAGCAGUAAGUACGAAGUUGCUUCAACCACGCCUUAUUGCAAAGAAUUUCGAUUCAAUUUUGUUGUAUAUGAAAUCUUGCUAUUUUUGUGAAUUUUGUAUAAAACUUUUGCCUUGCUACUCACCUUUUUUUGCAAUGUUUUGCAAUUAACGAAUAAUCCCUUUAGUUGCAUAAAUAAAAUACAUAUUCUUCGCUUUGCUUGAUUCUCGAGUUCUUUUUUAUUUGUUUAUUAUAAUCUUUAUGGGCUUUAAUGCAUGUUUUAUUUUAUGUUUAUUUGCUUUUUUCGUAUCAUUCAUGCACACUCCUAACUGAGCGCUUCUUUAUACCAUGUACGGGUAAUUCGCCACGCUUGCGCACAAACGUUGCGUUGCGCCGCUUUACAACAGCGUGAAUUUUAAUUUUUUUUUUUUGUUUUUUUUU